GCAACGGUAAGGUUCAUCCGUUUUAUGUUUUCAAACUUUAUUUUAUUGAUCCUUUCAUUCUGUCACCAAACAUUUCUUUGAAUCCUUCCUCAUUCGGUAUCCACUUUACAUCCACAAUGAUCAACUCAUUACUCGGUUCUUCAAGCAGGAAUGCCCUCCAGCAGCACUGGGCAGACAGCCCCAGCGACUUGGACUGAACCACCGUGGUGUGGUUGGAUUGAAACGACAGGCGAUGCUCUACUCAUUCUGGAAGCAGCUCGUCGAGGUCUCAUACCCCGUGUCACUCGCCGACUGGUAGAUUCAGAACGCAAAAUGAUUGAUUCUGGUUCGGUCUUUGUGUUUGACGAGGACGAAAGUGGAAUCAAGCGUUGGACCGACGGUUUUUUCUGGAGUCCCAGUCGCAUCCUCGGAAACUUCCUUCUCUACCGUGAGACGGAUAAGAAGACCUCCGGCCGUGGAGGAAGGUGCAACGGAGGCGGAGGCGAUAGCUCUGAUGCCGGUGACGAAGGAAAUACGCUCAGCCGACCCAGGGAUGGUUCCCAACUCGGGCUGGAGAGACAGCGAGAACGAAACUUGAUGGGUAGUCUGACUAACAACCCUAAGUUCAAGUCGGAUGGUCUCAUGAAAAAGACAUUCUCUUUAACGAUUGGGGGGGUCGCGCAACAUCUGAUUUCUUACUACCGUGUGGAAGACGUCGAGAAUGGUCGCCUUCGGUCACCCUCGUCCCUUCCCGAACUCGCCUCACUCUCGAUCAGUCCCGAAUACCUCGAUAAAACACAUUUUAGGAAUCCACCUAAAGUCGAGACUGGCCCUGACGGCAUCCCACGCUACCGAGGAGAGGCAGACGACGUUGAAAUUGGGUUAGGAAUAUCCCGAUCUCCUAAACCUCCACCCCCAUUGACGGUAGGCCCCCCGUUAUUAUCAGAGGGUGUAGUGAGGGGUGCGAGUACAAGUGUUACUCCUACUGCCCACCGCUACGAGCCCUAUGUCAGCGCGCGCCCUCGCAGACAGAAAUCGAUUAUUGAUGAAGAUACCACACCAUCGCCAGUAACAACGACAUCUACCCAAGCUGCGGCUAUAUCGCCCACAUCUCCAAUAUUGCCGGAUUCAGCCGAAAUCUCCACCGCUGCAAGCACUAUCUCAUCCCCACCACCCAACAUACAUUCCUCCCCUCAACCCUCCACAUCCCUGUAUCCUGAAUCUCAGCCUCGAACACAAACACCACCCGCCUACCAUUAUGCUUAUUACGCCCAAGGACAAGGUUAUUCAUAUCCUCCUAUCUACGCAUAUCACCAUCCUUCUGCCGCUUCUGCCGCUCCAGCACAGCCUACUACAUCCUCUGUACACUCUGCCGCUUCCCCGUCCUCUCCCCCAUCAAACAGUGCGACGUCACCGGCCUCUGGUACAUAUCCACCUAAUAGUUCUCCUGCUGUACCUUUUCCCUAUGAUCCUAAUACCGCCGGUGGCGGCAUCCAACAACAACAACCCGUUUACUAUCCAUACGGAUAUGGGUAUCAUUCUGCUUGGACGACCGCUCCGUACAGUUACCCUGUCCAACAAUCAACUUCGGGAUCUGGAACGGAAAAAUUGUCAAGUGAAAUUGAUGGAGCUCAAGCCACGACCUGAGCCGUUGUUUGACUUGAUAUUCUCUUGUUGUUAGUCUCACGUCUUGCUUUCCUUUCCUGUUUUUCUUUUCUUUAUUGGGCUGUUUCCUUGCUGUCCGUAUCAUCACUUCGCUGCAUCCCCUCACUGUAUGUUAUCCCUCGUCCAUGAUUCAUCUUUGAUCCUCCAGGACUCCUAGAGCCAAAGAUUGUAUUCGCUCUCGCCCAUCGUCAACUAUCCCUUCCUUCAUUCAUUGCUUGUUGUAUACUUUAGUGUGGAAAAAAGGUACAUCAGCGCUCACACUAGGACCUUUAGUGAACGGAUGUCUCUUCGCGAUUAUUGCAUUUUUCAGGUCUUCCUAAAACUUUUUGGAUGGAGAAAUGAACUCCGUUGUAACUUAUGUAUUGGAUGGAGACUCAUUUUAUUACUCAUAGUUGAUACCUGGGUAGCACUGAAGUGACAUUUCGUUGUGUACUUACCUUACCGCUCGAAAUUUCAGUGUACAUAUAGCCACGG